AUGAAUAAGUAUGCUUACUAACUCAAGGUAGAAACAAUCCAUUUUGUCUUAGGAUUAAACAACUUGACCAUUGAUAUCUGCAGUGAAAUUUAAAACCCUAUCGAUAUUUAUAGAAUUAAUGCAUAACUACUUUUACUUUUAACCAAAAAUUCAACAUACAUAAUCAAUAAUCAAAUGGAAAUCACAUUGAUUAAUUUGCCAAUUCCUAUUAAUAAUAUCCUUUAAUCAUUAACAAUUCAAAAUUAGCAUUACAUUCUAUCUAAUAGAACACUUAUACGAUUUGAUGAAACAUCCUACACUCUCUAUGAGAAUCUCAUUGAUGGAAUAACACUUUAUGACCAAAAUUUGUAUCUAUUUUAUUAUAAUGAUCAACAAUAAUUGUGUUUAUCCAAUAUCGAUGGAUAAAUUUUAAUCAAAUUGGAUUUUCACUAAAAGAUAUCCAAUUUAAAUAUUGUCAAUCUAUAGUCAUUAUUAAUAAAAGAUUAACAAGAUUCUGGAUAUUUGAUAUUUCAACCAGAUUUCAAAACAAUCUUAUAAUAAUAUUUUAGAUUAGAUGAUUUCAAAGAUCAAUAGUAAUAAUAGUAAUAAUAAUAAUAAUAGUAAUAAUAAAUCACUUAAGAAUAAUUAUUUAAUCUUAAUAAAACUCAAAGGUAUAAAUAAAAUAUAGAUGAUAUGAUAAGUAUCAGUCUUAAAUAUAGCUAUAUCUAAUUGUUGUUAUUGAUGUGUGCAAGAAUAAGGGUUUUUAGAGAAUUCUUUAUUCAUAUAGAUAAAAUGUCUGAAAAUGGAAAUGAAAAAGAAUUAAGAAAUUUAUUGGACAUCAAAAAGAUUAAGAAAUGUGAAUGCAUAGAAAAUGAUUAAAUAAUGGAAGAGUUGAUUGAAGAAUGCCUUUAAUAUAAAGACAAGAAAAUAUUUAUUUAUUUUUAAAAACUUUUUAUAGAGAAUCCCUUAUACGUCAGUGAUCACUACUAUUGUCAAAUAUUAUAGUGUGAAAUCAACAGAGUCCUCUAUCAAAAUGCUGGCUUAGAAAUGCCAAUCAUUCCAAGUUAUGCAUUUAAAAGAGUGACCAAUUAUAUUAUGUUUUUAUAGAAGGCAAAGAUUGUAUUUAUUUAAGAUUUAUUUGUAAAGAAGGAAAAACAAUUAUAAUUAAUAAAAAAGGGUAUGAUAGGAAAUGCAAUGUAAUGUUAUGAGUGUUUGAAACCAAUUUCAUUUUCAGUCCAGAAUAAGAAUUAACAACAAUAAGAAAGCAAAAUAGUAAAGUAUAUGGAUUGUUAUCAUGCAAUACAUAAAUAAUGUGUAUAGAUGUAGCAUGAAUGUAAUUAUGAGAAUAAUAAAAAAUUGUUUUAAUUUUGA